UUUUUUUUUCAUUCGAAGGCAUCAGUUUCAACUCCGAGUGCAUCAGUAAUUCCUCAUUCAAAGAACAUGUAAAGAUUCUUUAAUUCAUGGUUACAAAUGAUAGUAAAAUACUAGUUUAGCUGGUCAAAAAGCCUAGGUUCUCUCAAAUUAUGAUGCCUGGAUAUUACAUUAAUGUUUGUCUGUCUCUGUUUGCUAUUUUUGCAAUGGAAAUACUUGGAGUGAGAGUGGAGUCGGGCUUAUACAGUCGAGUUGAGCUCACUGGAGAGAAAGUCAAUCAAACUACUAUGGAUUACCUUCAGUCAGUUGAAUGGACCAAACUAAACAGAUCAUCUACGUGUCUAUGUCUUCAGUUUAAAAAAUACAGUGGUACCAAAAACUACAGUCAAUGCUGUGGGAAGGCUCAUUUCUAUUUAAACAACAACAGCCUCAUUUUGGAGAAUGUGACCGCACAGAAUGAAGGACUCUACACGGAAACUAUAGUUAUUGAAAACAGACCUACAAAAAGUUUAAACUUUACAUUACGUAUACUAUACCCUCUAAAUACAACAGACAUUAUGGUCUCCUGGACCUCCAAAUCAUCUGUGACUCUCAGGUGUGAAGUUACUGGCACAUUUCUGAAUCUUAAGUGGAUGAGAGAAGGUGUCUCCAUUCAAGAGGACCACAGAUACUCAAUCAGGAACCACACUCUACACAUCACCAAUAUAACCAGCUCAGAUUAUGGGAAAUACAGCUGUUUGGUUACAAAUCUAUAUGGAGAAUCAGAAAAACACAAAUAUAUCACUGGAGAAAACUCAACUCUUUCCCAAAUAAAUGGUACUACUGCUGCACCUCUGCGUCAGAAUAAUCUGAUUCUGAUUUCAAGUGGAUUUACACUCAUAGGUGUUUUAGGACUGUGCAUCGUGUUCGUCGUCAUUUUCAGAUACCAUCAGGGUCACUGUCACAGAAAAACACCAGACAGGAAGACAAGAGAGGACGAAGACACUGACCUUGGAGUUUAUCAGGAAAUAUCUGCCACUGAAGAGGUGACCGCUUUGCCGUAUGUCUACACAGACUUCAUUAAGCCAAAAGAGGCCAAUCAGGACUCAGCCGCUGCUGAACACUUUGAGGAGUUUGGUUACUCUGAGAUUGGACCAGCAGGCAGGGAGGAAACAGUCAUUUUGGAUUGUGCCAUCUAUGAAGAACAGGCCAGACCCGUCUCCUGAUGCUUUAGAGGAGAGACAGUUGAUAAGAAAGUUUCAUAUUCAUGAAUCUGGAGCAGCCUACAGCAACAACAGUCAUCUAAAGUGAAAGGAGCAGGCCAAUAACAAAAAUGUUACAUCCAAAUCAACCACAAGAUGGCAGCAAAAAGACCUAAAAAAACCCCCCAUAGCUCUGCUUUUUGCAUUCUUAGUGUUUUCUGAUAAUUACAAAUGCACAGAGACACAGCAGAAGAAAACUUCCAGGUGCAGUUGGAGGCAUCUUCAUAGUAAUAAUAAUUAUUGCAUCAUUAAAAUGUCAUUCAAUAAGCAUUUUUGAAACAUAUUCUCUUUAACAUCACUCUUUUUUACAUUUACAGUAUUAACUGUUUUCGACAUAACCUAUGCAUUUACCAUAUUAUAAUAGGUCUUGUCCACUGCACUGUAGCCUUGCAAAAACGUCAAGCAAAAAAAGCACAUAGUGCUUAAAAUUUCAAAUCACAUUUAAUAAGCAUGCACACUGUGAAAGGUCGCAAGUGUCCACCCUGCCCAAACGUUAAGCAAAAAAAGCACAUAGUGCUUAAAAUUUCAAAUCACAUUUAAUAAGCAUGCACACCGUGAAAGGUCAGAAGUAUCCACCCUGCCCAUUAGUGAAUGUCAUACACAGUUUUUAGAUAAAUGACUUAUGCCAUUCAGGACAAUUGGGAGAGCAAAAGUGUUUUGUCUUGCAUGGCAACCUCGACAUAUCUAUCAAAUGGCAUAUCAUUAAGUGGCAGUUUAAUUCAUACUAAAAGGCGAGUCUAGAUGUCAAUGAAGAGAGAGUCAAGUGACUUUGUCUUUUGAUCUUGGAGUUAUUUCGUUUUUUCCAUGCAAACUCUCUAAAUGGGCCGUAAAAGCAAAGACAAAAACAUUGAGAGACAGCUGAGUAUCAACAUCUGGCAAAGACAUAGAGACAUAAUGUGUAAAAGUCUCAGAGAAUAUUUAAUUUACAUUUUUAUAGACAGCUAGAGUACCUUCAUGUAUACCUAAAGCAAUGUUUUACUGGGAUUCUUCAAAGCAACCAGGAAUACAUUUUGCAACAUGAUGCAAAUGAUAGGUUAAUUUUUUUGUUUUUAGAAAAACAAAAAACAAAAAUGGUCAAAUAAACGAAUAAAACCAUUUCAGUUUAACAGA